UUGAAUUGGCAGUAGCUUCGAUGUUGCCCGUCCACAAGUAAAAUUGAGCUGCGUUUCCUCGAGAGAGAGGAGCGUUUGAAUAAGAGGAAGCGCGAUCCUUUUCGAUUCGUUCGUAUUCAUCUUUCUCUCUUCUCUGUCUCUCUCUCCCUGAUCGGCAGAGAGGAAGAGGAAGAAAGCGAUGGCAAAUCAUUUAGACAAGAAGAUGUCGGAGGGACGGAAAGAAGAGCGGAGGAAGCUGGUGUUUCUCGGCGUCUCUGCUUGCUUUCUCCUCCUCCUCGUGGUGGGGGCGGUCGUGGGCAGCACCUACCAGGGCGACGGCGACGGCGACGGAUCCAACCUGAGCACCCACGCAAUGCGCGCCUCGUCCAAGUCGGUGACGGCGCUAUGCUCCUCCACGGACUACCCGCAGACGUGCGAGGCGAGCCUGUCGAAGGCGGUGCCGGCGGACACGGAAGACCCGAAGGUGCUUCUGAAGGCGGCGGUGUCGGUGGUGCUCGACGGGGUGAGCAAGGGCUUCGAGCACUCGAGGCUGCUCGAGAGCAACGACAGCCGCGUCCGCGGCGCCGUGCAGGACUGCCAGGAGAUGUACGAGGACGCCAAGGGCGACAUCAACGUCACCCUGCGGAGCAUCAUCGACCACGCCGUCGACAAGCUGCCAGCCCGCUCCCACGACAUGCGCGCCUGGCUCAGCGCCGUCGUCACCUACCAGCAGACCUGCAUCGACGGCUUCCCCGAGGGCGAGCUCAAGGAGAAGAUGAAAGCCGCCAUGAAGAACGCCAGGGAACUCACCAGCAACGCCCUCGCCAUCAUCAGCCAGGCCUCCAGCUUCCUCUCCCUCGUCAACCUCCCCGCCCGCCGCCGCCUCCUCGCCGACCACCACGAUCCACCUCUGGCCACCAGCGAUGGCUAUCCUUCCUGGUUCAGCAACCACGACCGCCGGAGGCUCAAGGAGCACAUAAACCGCAAGCCCACGCCCAACGUCACGGUGGCCAAGGACGGCACCGGCGACUUCACCACCAUCUCCGAGGCGCUCGCUAAGAUGCCAAAAAAUUACGCGGGAAGGUACGUGAUCUACAUUAAAGCAGGAGUGUACGAAGAACAAGUGACAGUGACGAAGAAAAUGGCGGAUGUGACCAUGUACGGCGACGGAUCGAUGAAGACGAUCGUCACCGGAAGCAAGAAUUUCAUCGACGGCACGAGGACUUUCCUUACAGCCACAUUCUAUGCGGCGGGAGACGGAUUCGUGGCGAUGGCGAUGGCGUUCCGCAACACGGCGGGGCCGGAGAAGCACCAGGCGGUGGCGCUCCGGGUGGUGUCGGACAAGGCGGUGUUCAUCGACUGCCGGAUGGAGGGGUACCAGGACACGCUGUACGCGCACGCACAUCGCCAGUUCUACCGCGGCUGCGUCAUCUCCGGCACCGUCGACUUCGUCUUCGGCGACGCCGCCGCCGUGUUCCAGAACUGCCUCCUCGUGGUCCGGCGCCCGCUGCCCAACCAGCAGAACAUUGUCACGGCGCAGGGCCGCGUCGACCGCCGCGAGACCACCGGCUUCGUCCUCCAGCGCUGCCGCUUCCGGGCCGACAACCGCCUCGCCGACGCCUCGCAGCCGGCCAUCCGCUCCUAUCUCGGCCGGCCGUGGAAGGAGUUCUCGCGCACCGUGAUCAUGGAGUCGCAGAUCGAGGGCUUCAUCCACACGGACGGGUACAUGCCGUGGGAAGGCGACUUCGCGCUGAGGACGCUGUAUUACGCGGAGUACAACAACAAGGGGCCGGGCGCCGCCACCGCCGGCCGCGUGAAGUGGCCGGGAGUCCACGUCAUCACCAAGGAAGAGGCGCUCAGGUACACCGUGGAGAACUUCCUGCAAGGGUCGAGCUGGAUUCCGGCGACCGGAGCGCCGGUCCACUUGGGAUUGAACUCUUGAUCACCGUUCGUGUGCGAGUUUGAUUUGAUUGAUCGAAGAGCUUCACGCCAUCGCUGGACAUCGAUUUGUAUAGUGAAAAAUCAUGAAAUCUAGCAAAAUAUAUCAUAAGAUUUACAGAAUCUAAUGCAAGAUUUCUUGAUCAUAUCUUGCUAAACGUGUAAUUCUGUUGUCUCCAUUAUGGGAUCAGCAAAUAUUUAGGUGAAUCCAAGGACAUAUAU